AUGUUCACCAAUAAUAAUGUAAUGCCGUUCGACACUUCGAUUCCUUCGUUGUCGCCAAAUACAUCAUCAACACCAUUAUGUCAUCAUCAUCCAAUUUUUCAGAGUCAAAUAUCGUCAACACUUCAUACACCAUCUUCAUCAUCAUUGCAUAAUAUUGCACCAUCAUCUCAAUCAACAAUGUAUAAUGCUGCACCACCACCACAAUCAACAUUGUAUAAUGCUGCACCAUCACCUCAAUCAACAAUGUAUAAUGCUGCACCACCACCACAAUCAACAUUGUAUAAUGCUGCACCGACAUCUGAACAAAAGUAUCAUUGUCUAUAUCCAUAUCAACCUCAGUCACAAACUUUAUUGCCCAAUGAAUGGGAUUUAAUAUUAUCGUUACGAAUGAUGCAAAAUUUGAGUGUUUUACCAACACUUCAACCACUACCUUCUCCAGCAUAUUCACAUACAGGUGCCACAACAUCAACAACAGCACUACAGCAAUUAUAUCCUCAACAAAUCACGUAUGCAACGGCACAACUACAACAACUAUCGACAACAUGUGCAUCAUCAUCUUUAAGAAUCUCAGUGCCACCAGUGCUUACACAAACACGUUCAUCUCCACUACAUUCAGGUCACCGGAAUCAAUCACCUGUACCACAAUUACAGGCUUACUCACCGCCUCCUGUUUCACCACCAUUAGUUAUUGUUUCACCAGUACAACAAGAACAAAAAUCUCUGAAUCAAAUUUUAUCGGUUUCUUUACAACAACAUCAAUCAACUAAUUUACAAAGACAAACAUUCGUUCAACAUAAUCCAUUAAUAACAGAACCAACCAUACAAUUAUGUGAUCCAACAAAACCCCAGUGA